UACCAACCUAAACAACAAAAAAAACCAUCUUAGAUCAAAGAUUUUGUAUCCAUGAACACCAAAGAGCUGAUGACUAUCAUGGUAAACACUAAUAAUAAUAAUCCAUACAAUUAUCAUAAUCAUUCUGACCCAUUUUCAUCGAUAUCUGCUGCUGCUGCUGCUAAUGAUGAUGAUGAUCAGAAGACUUCAUUAGGGUUCAUGGAGUUACUGGGAUAUCAAGAUUAUUAUUCUUAUCCUUCUUCUAUGUUUGACAACACCACGACGUCGUAUGAUCACCAGCUUCCACUACCACUACCACCAUCAAUGGAUAUGAACAUGAACAUAUCCACGUCAGCUCAGCACUUGAACCAAGAUGAUAAUCGGAAAGAGAAGGUUAGAACAACCGUUGAUGAAGUUGAAGAAGAAUCAUCUGUGGUGUUGAAUGGACACCCCUCAUCACCAAAUUCUUGUUCUGUUUCCUCACCUGCAGCUCAUCAACAGUGCAUUAAAGAGAAGGGUGGAACAAAGAAGAAAAAGAAAGAAAAAGAAGCAAGAUUUGCAUUCAUGACAAGGACUGAGAUUGAUCAUCUGGAUGAUGGUUACAGAUGGAGGAAGUAUGGCCAGAAAGCUGUCAAGAACAGCCAUUUUCCAAGGAGCUAUUACAGGUGCACAAGUGCAUCAUGUAAUGUGAAGAAAAGAGUGGAAAGGUGUAUGGGUGAUUCUUCUUAUGUUAUUACAACUUAUGAAGGCCAACACAACCAUCCAGUUAUUCACAACUCUCCACCACUAAUUCCCUCAUAUAAUCACCUCACCACCACUGCUCCACCUGCUAUGCUAAAGCUAGAACAAGAAGGGCUUCUUCAGGAUGUGCUGCCUUGUUAUAACUGAUCAUCCACAUCCAUGCAUAGUUAUCUUUAAUGUAUGAAAUUAAAGAUCCAAGCAGUGUAUAUGCAUGGUUAAUGCUAGCUAUUUUAUAAGUAUACAUACUGCAAGAGUUUAGUUUUACUCACUUUUUUGGUGUGUACAUGGGAAUCAAUGGUGUCAUAUCUUUUUACCUUUUUCUUUGAUUUAACCUUCUUUAUUAUGUUGUAUUUCUUUGUUUUUUAUACAUGCUACUUUUUGCCUCGGGUUGUAAUUUGAAUGGGUAUUUGUAAGAUUCGAGUCUCUCAGCCAAUAUUGUUCGUUUUGUC